AUAGUUGAUCUAUCCACAACAACUCCAGAGGGUAGUGUAACAGGGUCUACCAUCAUUUCCAAUGUGAUUGGAUCUAAAAAUGUAGUUGGUAUACCUGCCUCGUUAAAUACAAUUUCUGGAUUGUUUCUUUUAAAAUCUUCAUCGGAAUCA